CCGCCCUCGCUCUAGAGGAGGCUCCGGCAAGGGGCGAGGAGGGAGCUUUAGAGUAGCCUGUGAGCAAGAGUUAAAAAAAAAGUUGGGGCGUUUUCCGGGUGACUGGCGGCGGCGACCACGACCACCGCGGGGGUCGGGGGGCAGCGACUAGGUUCUGAGGUUGCAGAUUUGUCUUCAGUUGGCAACAAUGUGUACCGCAAAGCCCCGGAUGGUCGUUCCUUACGGCCUAAAGACCCUACUCGAGGGAGUGAGCAGAGCAGUUCUCAAAGCCAGUCCCUCUAACAUCACUGAGUUUGCUGCCGUCUAUUUCAGGGAGCUGAUAGUUUUUCGAGAAGAACACCCUAAUUUGGACAUUAAAGAUCUGGUUAGAGAAUUUCAUUGUACUAGAGUAGAGGGAUGGGCCGAAGGAACAGGAGGGGCCCCUCGUGGGCAAGCCAAAAGGGCUGAUGUCGGAGAUGCAUAUAGGUCAGACUCUACUCCAAUCUCUGAUGAACCCAAACGGAAGGAAAAAUCGACUGACACGGAAGAGGACCAAAUCAAUGAAGAACCUGAACGUGAACAGGCCACCAAGACUACCCAGUACCCAUCGGUUGUUGAUGAUUUUGGAGACAAGACUGGGGAUGAGAAGGGAGCUGGACUUGCCUAUGUCCCAGCUGAUCCUGCCCAGCUAGCAGCACAGAUGCUAGGUAAUGUUGAACCUGCUCCUGAGCCUGCUCCUGAGCCUGCCCCCGAGCCUGCCCCCGAGCCCACUCCUGAGCCCGCUCCUGAGCCCGCUCCCGCUCCCGAGGCUGCUCCCGCUCCCGAGGCUGCUCCCGCUCCCGAGGCUGCUCCUGCUCCUGAGGCUGCUCCCGCUCCUUCUGAACCUGAACUGAAGGAUGUGGCCAUCUCUGUGCAGACCCUUCCCGCCUUAUCCCAGAGUGCAGAGGAUAUUGUAGCUGCAGUUGCACCAGCAGUGGUUGCUGCUGCUGCUGAAGAAGAACUAUCUGCACCAACACCAUUACCACCAGCACAACCAGAAGCAGAACCUGCAGCUUCUGCAGUCUCUCCCAGGGUUGGGUCAGCCGCUCAGAGUCAUUCCUCCGUUGCUGAGGAAGUAGCUCCCUCAGGUAGUCAGGCUGAGGCACCACCCGCUGAAGUGGUAGAGGAAGCUUCCCCAGACCCCUUGCAGGAAGGAGAACCACCCCCGGCACCACCACCACCACCAUCUCCUCCUGAUAAAGACCAAUCACAGGCUGAAUCUUAUUCAAGUGAAAUUGAGGUCACAUCAGACCUACAGUUCACACCCAUAUGUGACGAUCCCGAUGCUGGUGGAGAGGCCCCACCACCACCGUAUGUAGAGCAGUUUCCACAGCAAAUAGUAAUUCCUUUCAUAGACACGGUAGCAUGUCUCUUAGAUCCGCUAACGGCUUCACUAAACGCAGGUCAGUUUACAUGUACUAGUAUUCUAGAUCCAUCUGCAGCUGAUGCAGAAUGUGACCCUGACAGAAUGGAUACUACAGAGCAACUGAGAACAACUGACCCAGGUUUUAUUAUGUCAGUUGCCAUACCACUUGAGGAUGUGAUGACUGGGAAGGGCUCUGGAGCUGGAGAUAAAACACCUUUUGCAGGAAGCUAUGGUAUAGCAGGAGAAAUCACAUUUGCCUCAGUACGCAGAACGGAAUAGCAAAAUGGUUGUGAUGAGAUACUCUCCACAUUUCACUCCAGAAGGGAAACCUGCAUCUUUAAAUUAAAAAAUAAAGUAAUUCAAGCACUCAAUAAAGUGAUGCAAGCAAUCUUAAUCUAAAA